ACAUCCUUCUACUUCCGGUGCGCUCACUUGACUCCUCGCGGACACUGCGCAUCCCUGAGCGGAGCCGUUGGUGCAAAUUCGAAGGAGCAGCAGACACGCAUGGUGCACGCGAGGAGCUCCAUUUUUUCGAACACGUUUAAACCGCCAGGUGUUUUUCAGAGCCAGGGAAGGGGGACCACGGCGCGGUCCAUCUUUGUCCGGGACACGAACGGCUGACGUUUCAAGAAAGCUACUCGAAAACUGCGGUACACUUCGAUGCGACUUAUUUUGGAGUUUGUUUUGAUUUUGGUACACUUUUCCACAGCGCGGACCACAUCCGGAAUGCAAAUAGAUGCCGUCGCAUUAGUUUGUAAAACCUGUCGACUGCAGAAUUUUACGCCAGAGUAAAAUUAUCCCUUGGAAGAGUCUCUCGUACUUCGGACCUGAGGUGCGCAGACGUACGUAGUCGUAGCGCGUGGUACUCACUGGCCUCGUUUCAUUGGACAAAUGACUUCAAUUAAAUAACUGACUUGCAGGUUCGCGCUCGAGACUGAAGCCGGGCAACGUGCACCUUCCUCCGUGUCGCCAUCGCCACCGCACAAGGACUAUGUUGAUAAAGGAGUACCGCAUAUGCAUGCCUCUCUCUGUGGAGGAGUACCGUAUUGGCCAGCUGUAUAUGAUCAGUAAACACAGUCAUGAACAAAGUGAGCGUGGGGAGGGGGUGGAGGUAGUCCAGAACGAGCCGUACGAGGACCCUGAGCACGGAUCAGGCCAGUUCACCGAGAAACGAAUCUACCUCAACAACAAACUGCCCAGCUGGGCCAGAGCCGUGGUGCCUAAGAUCUUUUACGUCACAGAGAAGGCUUGGAACUAUUACCCCUACACUAUCACAGAGUACACGUGCUCCUUCCUGCCCAAGUUCUCCAUCCACAUAGAGACCAAGUACGAGGACAACAAAGGCAGCAAUAAUGAUAUCUUUUGCAGCGAGCCCAAAGACGAGGAAACAGAGGUGUGUUUCGUGGACAUCGUCUAUGAUGAGAUCCCAGAGCGCCACUACAAGGACUCCGAGGACCUGCAUUAUUUUAAGUCAAAGAAGACUAAUCGAGGCCUCCUGCAGGAAGGAUGGAUCAACAGCCAAGACCCCAUCAUGUGCUCCUACAAACUGGUCACUGUCAAGUUUGAAGUCUGGGGCCUGCAAACACGCGUGGAGCAGUUUGUGCACAAGGUGAUCCGAGACGUCCUGCUGUUGGGACACAGGCAGGCCUUUGCCUGGGUGGAUGAGUGGAUUGACAUGACCAUGGAGGAGGUCCGAGAGUACGAGCGCGCCACACAGGAAGCCACCAACCUGAAGAUCGGCAGCUUCCCCCCGGCCAUCUCCAUCUCAGAGACCCCGCUUCCCUCCAGCGCCCGCAGCGGCCCCAGCAGCGCCCCGACCACACCCCUCUCCACAGAAGCCCCGGAGUUCCUGUCGGUGCCGAAGGAGCGCCCCAGGAAGAAGUCCGCUCCGGAGACCUUGACCCUGCCGGAUCCGGGCCGGAGGGAUUCGCUCUUCAAGCUGCCCAGCUUUUUUUCCUGGAACUCCAGCCCGCAGCCGGAAUGAGGGCCGGGGGCCGCGCCGCGCCACCGCCGAAGCCCCGACCUGUUCGACCCGUGGAACAGUGGAGGAUGCCUGAGCAGCACAUCCCACAAUAAGCCCCUCAGCCAGCUGCAGCAAGCGAAGGUGACUUUGCACUGUCCUGGUGAUCCAAGCCCCCUCAGCCGACUCGCCGACUGUUCCAGCAGAAGCCUACAGCCUCAGACAGGCAGCCUGAUGUCCAUAGCAAAACGUCCCGCGAGGUGUCACGGUAUAGCGCGUCCUCUUGACUCCAACAAAAGCAGCUGGAGGCUCCUCGUCCUUCUUUCAGACAGACACGGCAUCGUGCGUCGGACACUAUUAGUCAGAUUGAGUGUAGUGUACAUUCCUGAAACCGGUUCUAUCCCACAGAUUAUCACCUCCCUUGCUUGUGUUGACGAGGUGUGAUGAGGUUCAGUCACUGCGCAUAAUCUUUACAUGUACAGAAUUUGUCUUUUUUUCUGCCUUAGGCAUCCGAGUGUCAGGCUUUGUUAAAUGAACCUUGUGGUUUGACGUAUCUAUUUAUGUGGUUAGGACUUUGCGACCACUGUAUCCGUUAAGUGUUUUUACUGUCAGGUGUAAGGUGAUUUGCGUAUUGUUGUAAAUAUUGUAUGAUCCAUAUCUAACCGGUAAAUUGUCAGUACUUUAAACAGAAUAUGUUUCCAGGGAGAUGCUGCUAAUAGAAUGUAUUUUAAAGAACAUGACUCAUCUUUAAGUGUUUAUUAUAGUGCGUUCUGUCAACUACAAUUCCUGUAAAUGAUUUAAUUGUAAUUGCAUGAUUUUAACUGCAGAGACAGAAUAUUAAAUGUUCUCUGUCCUCUUUACUAGCUCAGCCUCAUACUUGAUGUUGUGGUAACCAAGUUUUCAUAGACUGGUCAUGUGGUUCUGCAUGUUGUUUUGCUGCUUAGUGUCUUUAAAUUGUAUUCAUUUUUUGUCAUACUGUUGACCGGUUUAGAAUUGAGUGAAUUUAAUUAAAAUUCAAUACUGAAAUCUAUAAUUG